CCAGCACCCCUAUGAUAGCUCACAACUGCCCCUAAUUCCAGUACCAGGUGAUCUGACACUGUCUUCAGGCCUCCACGAGCACAGGAGUGCACAUGGUACACAUAUAAAUAGCAGGUAAAAAACACAGAAAAUCUAAAAGAAGAAUCUGAGAGAGUGUGUGGGGGUGGGGGAGUGGGUGUGGUGGGGCAUGGCAUGGACAUGGAGAUCACAUGACAACUUCUGGGUGUUCAUCCUCUACUUCUACCUCGGGUUCCAGGAAUCAAACUUGGGUCAUCAGGCUUGCACAACAGUGCUUUCACUUGCUAAACAAUCCUGCCCACCCCAUAGCAGUCUUAAUAGUGCACUUCUUCCUUAUGCUAUUGUAUGGCUAUAUCUGCAUUCUCUCUGGACUGAAUCUCAAUAAGAUUGCCUUGUUUAUCUUGAUUAUUUCUAAUGCUUGGUUUAAUAGGUGCUCAUUAAUUGUUAGUAAAAAAAAAAUAAGAGCUGUUGAUGUAGCUUAGGGGCAGUGCAUUUGUCUAACAUUUGAGGACCCAAGCUCAUCAAGUGCAGAGAGAGAGAGAGAGAGAGAGAGAGAGAGAGAGAGAGAGCAAGCAAUGAACUUGUAACUAUUUAUAGCCUACUUGGUAUUACAUAGUUCCAUAUGUAGUAAUAUGUGGAUGUACAAAUUAAGAUACAUGGGACUAGGACAGAUAUAGGUUAACUUUUUCUGGGGAGAAGUCACUUACAUGAGAAACUGAUAACCCACAAGUUCCAGCUCCGAGGAUCCAUGCCUUGCUGCUCUCCGUGACCUGGCUGGAACCAAGAGACAGCAAGCUGUCCCUACCCCAGACCAAAUCCCACAGGCUCAGGUACGCACCAGGAGCCACAGGUGCUUCUGGUGGUAGAUCUCUCACUACAUUUCCCCUUUUAGUCUAAAGAAAAAGAUUUAGACUUGAUACAGAACUAUAUACAAAGAUAGAAAAUAUCAAGUAUGCACGAGGACAAGGAAAAGAAAGAACAUACACCCUCAAGACCUAUUGCCAGGGAAGCAACAAGAGCAAAUGGCAAGAACUACACAUAUCCAGUCCUAGUGAAGGCAUAACAGAAAUUACUGUAGAGCUGUCCUAAGCUGGAAAGUUUAAGUGUUGUACCUAAUAUUUCUAUCUAGGAAGAGAGAACAAUAACUGUGACAGUCUAAUCUUCAACCUCAUCAAAGACCUGAGAAGGAGGAUAGCAACAUGAGAGUAGGCAGGAAGUGCAGGUGAGCAACUUCCAAAAGGUGAAGCUAAGACAGAAACAGCAGGCUACCUGGACAGUCACCCAGAGUCUCACAGCAGUGUAGAGGCUACCAGUAUUAGCUAAGGCCUAGAGUAUCUGACUGACCAACACAGAAGCAGGGAGGUAGAAAGGCUGUCUUACCCUGACUUGGCAAGGUUCAGCAGUCUUCUAAGUUCAUCUGCAAGCACAGGAGGACAGCAUGUCCAAAGCCAGAGAUCAAGGUGGGGACAGUUCGUUGCCCAAGAGGCUAUUGGCUGAGGAGAGAACAGACUCCAGAAGGAGUGACAUUGGUGCCCAGCAUAUUCUCGGGAAUAGCUUGGUGCUGUCAGGAGCGAUUGUCUCAUGUCAACUGAGUACUAAUAUUAAAACAUUUAAAUGUUUUAUUCUGACCUAUUCUGUAGGUCUGUGAAGUGUUUGAAGAUCAAAAUUUAUAUCUGACUAAUAGAUAUAAGAAAUGUGGGUGAAAAUAUCUGUAAUUCUUGGGAAUCUAAUUGUACAAUGGCUGAAGCUUCCCAAAAUAAUUUAGCAAGGACCAAGAUUUCAGCAAUAUAACUAUAUACACACAUAUAUGUGAAUCCCUAAAACAGAGGUAGAAUUGAAAUGUCCAGAGCAGAGGUAGAACUGUAUAGUGCAAUUUAGGAUGAUAAAAAUAUCCUAAAUUGUGUCGAUAUACAAAAUAUCUUAAACAUAUGUAAAAGCAUACAUAUAUAGAAUAUGAUAAGGAUAUUUGUGCACAAAACAUAUACAGAAAGAAGACCUUACACAAUAUGACAAUAUAUAAAAAUUAUCCAAGAAAGGAAUACAAACUUAAUUAUACAUAAGUUAUAUCAUAUGAGAAUCUAUAACAAUGUAAGUUGUCUAUAGCUAAUAAUUACUAAGAUAAUUCACAAGAAGAUAUGUUAAUCUACCUAUACAUAUUUAUAUAUAUGCAUGCACUUUGUCAAUUGAGCUAUAGCCCCAGUCCCUUGCUUCCAUUUUUUUUUUUCCCCGAAACAGGGUUUCUCUGUGUAACAGUUCUGACUGUCCUGGAACUCACUCUGUAGAACAGGCUGGCCUCAUACUCACUGAGAUCCUCCUGCCUCUGCUUCCCAAGCUCAGGGAUUAAAGGCAUGUGCCACCACUGCUGCAAAGCUCCAUCGCUUCCAAUUUUUGAAGAAUUUAAUUCACUACCUCAUUUUCUAGUCAUUUAUCUUAAAUAGAAAGAUAUGUGUUAAACUUGUGCACUGUUGAUUCUUCCCAGUAGGAUGGCUGAGUUGCUCUUCUGUGAGCCAACAGAACUCUAUAACAUCUUGAAUCAGGUCUCAAAGCUGUCCAGACUAGCUGAGCCCAACUAUCUCUGCUUACUGGAUGUUCGAUCCAAAAGGCAGUAUGACGAGAGCCAUGUGAUCACUGCCCGGAGAGUUAAGAAGAAGGAGAACCAAUACCUCAUCCCAGAAUCUGUGGAUCUGGAGUGUGUGCGAUACUGCAUCGUGUACGAUAGCAACACCAGUUCCCUGGAACUGUGCAUGGGGGGGCGGGGACUGUGGGAAGAGGAGGAGGAGGAAGAGAAGGAAGAGGAGGAGAAGGAGGAGGACAUAGAACUCUUACCUGGACCUGCCGUGGAGUUUGGGCAGAUCCUCACCCAUAUCACCCGCCAGCCUGUCUAUGUCCUCAGAGGGGGUACCGAGUGCUUCUCUGGCCUGUACCACUUCUUCCGGACCCAGAAGAUCAUCUGGAUGCCCCAGGAACUGGAUGCCUUCCAGCCAUAUCCAAUUGAGAUAAUUCCAGGCAAGAUCUUCCUGGGCAAAUUCAGCCAAGCCUGCAAUGCUAGGAUUCACAAGGAUUUGAAAAUUAAGGCGCAUGUCAAUGUUUCCAUGGAGGCAACACCCUAUUUUGCAGGUGAUGCAGACAAGCUCCUGCAUAUCAAGAUAGAGGAUUCUUCAGAUUCCAACCUUUUGAACUCCUUCCGCCACAUCUGUCACUUCAUGGAACUUCACCUCCAGUUAGAGUCUGUCAUCCUGGUCUUUUCCACCCGGGGCAUCAGCCGCAGCAGUGCUGCUGUGGUGGCCUUCCUCAUGCAUUAUAAUGAGGAGACCUUGAAGAGGUCCUGGGCCCACGUGAAGAAAUGCAAAAACAACAUGCGUCCAAAUCGGGGCUUGGUGGCUCAGCUGCUGGAAUGGGAGAAAAUUAUCCAUGGGGAGUAUAUCACAGACAUCACUGAGCCUGUCUACUGACCUUCGCCUGUGGCCCACUUGGGCCUGAGGAACCUUGUUUAGGACUUUUGGGGGGUGGGGGUUAGGUAUGCACUUGGAAUUGUCCAGAAGACCUCUGUGGCCUGAAGUUUCACGU